AUGGGGGUAGCUGAAACCCUCUAUGAUGUCUUGGGAGUCCUCCAGGAAGCGUCACAUAGUGAAAUCAAGGCAGCCUUCCACAAACUGGCCCGUCAAUCCCAUCCUGACAAGCAGAAUUCGUUGCGCCAAACCACAGCGAAUUUGGAUUUUAAACGGAUUCAACUGGCAUGGGAAACAUUGGGGACUGCCGAAAAGCGACAAGAAUACGAUGACAAUUUGCAGCAAGAGGAAUUGCAAGAGCGCAGUCGGACACAUGGUGCCAUUGAUAUCGCCAUGGACGAGGUGGAAGAAGCAUUGGAUGAAGAGACCAAUGAAACCAUGUUAGUCUACGAUUGUCGGUGUGGUGAAGAAGUCUUCUUGCCAGUCAAGCAAGCCACGGGGAGCUUGUUGGUGGACUGUGAAGGCUGUUGUUUCGUCUACCGAAUCAACUACGACGAGUGA